AUGGAUAGUCCAAGAAACAUCACAGAAUUCUUUAUGCUGGGACUCUCCCAAAAUCCUAAGGUGCAGAGGAUUUUGUUUGUGCUCUUUAUGAUUGUCUACCUGGUCUCUGUUGGAGGCAACCUACUGAUCAUGAUCACCAUUAUCUUCAGCUCCACGUUGGGCUCCCCUAUGUACUUUUUCCUGGCAUAUUUGUCCUUAAUUGAUACUUGCUAUUCCUCAUGUAUGACUCCCAAACUGAUUGUGGAUUCCAUGUAUGAGGGGAGAGCCAUCUCCUUUGAAGGCUGUCUGGCUCAAUUCUUUGUAGCCCAUUUAUUGGGAGGAACUGAAAUCAUUCUGCUUACAGUAAUGGCCUUUGACAGAUAUGUGGCCAUUUGUAAGCCCCUGCACUACACAACCAUCAUGACCAGGCAUCUCUGUGCUGUACUUGUUGCGAUAGCCUGGUUCGGGGGCUUUCUGCAUUCAGUGGUUCAGCUCCUCCUUGUCCUUCAGUUGCCUUUCUGUGGACCCAAUGUGAUCAACCACUUUGUCUGUGACUUAUACCCCUUGUUGGAACUCGCCUGCACCAACACAUAUAUCAUUGGGGUGCUGGUGGUCGCCAACAGUGGUGUGAUCUGCCUCCUGAACUUCCUGAUGUUGGCUGCCUCCUACAUUGUCAUCCUGCGCUCCCUGAGGUCCCACAGUGCAGAGGGGAGGCGCAAAGCCCUCUCUACCUGUGGGGCCCACUUCACUGUUGUCGCCUUAUUCUUUGUUCCCUGUAUAUUUAUUUAUAUGCGGCCAUCGAAGACUUUAUCCAUGGACAAAAUUGUGGCUGUGUUUUAUUGUAUUCUCACACCUAUGUUUAACCCCUUGAUUUACACCCUGAGAAAUGCAGAGGUCAAAAAUGCCAUGAAGAAUCUGUGGAAAAAAUGA